UGUGAGAGAUCUUGUAGGACACAGAAGACUCCAGGAAGCAUGUGUGCAGGACGCCGACCAUACUAACCCCACAGGAGGCUCAGCAUUCCCAUGCACUUUCUAUGUGGAUGUACAAUCCCCACCGGACUCUGCAUUCCUGAAUAUCAUCCAGCUGCCACCCCUCCACUUAUUUCCAAAAUACAUCUAAACCCUGACGUCAAACUUCUGCUAAAAAUCCACAGAUUUUUGGAAAAUUCUUACAAAGUCUAGUGGAGCUUCUACAUCAGCCUCGCCUAGAGCUGGGAUUAUUAUGGAGGCGUCCAUUAUAACCAACUCAAAAUGUCACCUUCCCAUUUCUGCUACUGUGCUGACAGAUUAUAGCACCUGCUGACAGGCAUGGAUAUUCCAGGGCGUGAACUCGGAUUAUGAUGUUUGAUACUGUACCAAGUGGAUAUACCAAAGGAUAAAAGUGAAUAUUUCUUGGAUCACUCGAUCUGGAUAGAGAAGCUCACGUCUUAUUACAGAUCAGGAGCCAUUUGUUCGGAUUUUGUUACAUGAACGUGGAAUUUUUAGAUUUUAGUCGGGGAUACAGGAGAUUUUGUUUCUCUGUUUAUUUUUUUUAUUUUUCUGUUUCUUUAUUUUUUGUGUUUAGUUGAUUUUUUAUUUCAUUCAAAUUUAUGUUUGCUUUAAUUUAAUUAUUGUAAAAAAUAUUUUUGCACUUUAUUGUUUGAUACAGGGAUGUGUGCGAAAGUGGUUAUGUUUUUUGGGUGUUUAUUAUAAAAUUUAUUAGAUAACGUUCCAGCAUCGUAGGUGUCUGACAUACAAAGAAGGAUUUGCUGUGGUGUAUUAUAUUAUUUCUUGUUGAAGGUAUCAAGCGGUUGAGUAUUUUGCAUUGUAUUAUUUUGUGUUUUACUCCUAUUGAGUCAGUUAGACUGUGGCAGGAAGCCUUGUAGGCCACAACUCGGGGGCUGGAGAGCCAUAGGCUUCAUAGUCGUCCUCCAUCUAUCACUAUAUCUUUUGUUGCCUAUUCCUAAAACAAGGUGCAUGUAGUGUUGCUGUACUGCAGUCUAAUAUUUUCUGUUAUCAUCCAUUUCAGACUGGCUACAGACUAUCUGUAUUUUUUAUUUAUUUUUUAAAUGAGAUGACUGAUAGGAAAGACCAGAAUAUUUCCUGCCCCCCUUUAUCGCUACUUUGUGUCACAUAUCUUCUUUGAUGAGACCUUCCUGAACGGCUUAGCACCUUGAGUGAGUGCAGCUCGGGAGUUUAAUUUAGGAUUAAAUUAGAGUGCUGCCCCUGUACAACAUGCCAGCUCUAGGUUUAGUGGCUUCUUCAGGAUGAGGAAAAGGUUGCCUUCUAGUAAAUGGCAUUUGUAGAAUAUGGUUUAUGGGCUCUUGGUAUAAAUUGUGAACAGGUUCUGAAGAUACUGACGUCCAUUCAUACUGUGUGUUCUACAGUAAUUUCCUAGCCCAUAAAAUUGGCACCAGCUGGGUUUAAAUUUAGAAACAACUUAUGUAAUUCAUAGCAUUGUAAUCCGGGGGGAGCGUCGAGCUGGAACAAGGCUCAUAUUAUACCUUCCAAUGUAAACAAAGGUCAGCUGAGGAUUUUCAUAUAUUGCCUCAGUGCCGACAGUGUAACUCUCAGCAAUUACAUUUUUCAUUUACAAGGCUGCAGUCGUAUCAGCCCCCCCUUCCCACACCAUCUUCUGACCCUGACAGUGCGAGGCCUGUUUAAUCUGUAUUUUUAUACUCUUGAUACUUGGUUUAUUUCGACGGGAGCUGCCUAGCUUUCAAAUUAAGGAUACAAGUUAGGUUUUGUGCAACCUAGAUAGAAGAGAGAUUGUAAUGAAGUAGAGCAAAGGUGAAUCACAUUGACUUGAAGCAUUAGAAGGGUGCAAAAACUCUACAGGGAACUCUUAUGAAUUCAAACUUGGAACACAGGCGAUUUCAUGGACAAUCUUUAAGUGUUUCUUACAGCUACAGUAGAAGCUUAGACGUAUCGUGGCCCUCAAGCCCUAGACAUCAUGGAGAACUUUUUCCAUCGGCAUUUUAGCAAAUCCCAUCCAAUUGAAUCUGACAGGAGAAUGAGUCUGGCAGCAUCAAAAAUCAGGCGUAAGUCAGGAGCUGGUGGACCAUCUCUAGGACUUUUGGCACAGCGAAGGGUGUCUACCCAAGUAGGCAAGAAAAAUGUAGACAGUCGAAGGAAAUCCAGCACAGCACCUGUUAGGGUCAACCCACGGUUUGCUGUAAAGAACAUUCAAAAACAUACAUUAAAGUCUGUGAAGAUUCAGAAUGUCGAAGAACUGCUUUGGGACAUAUGGAUGGACUGUAAGUUACUUAACCAGACAAGUCAACAACCCAGUGAUCAGGAGGAAGAAGAUGAUAAUUUCACUUCUACCAGCAGCAGUUCUGAAGGUGAAGUUGGUUCCUAUGGAGUCUCAAGGAAAGCCAUUUCCCGAUCUGGUCUUCAGCACCUGGCUCCAGUGCACUGCCCCACCUUGACCAUCUCCAAUGGACCCCUAAAAGAACCUCGUACCAGCCUGGAUUGGACUGAGAACGCAGUGAACGGGGAGCACAUUUGGCAAGAGACUAAUGUAUCAGGAGACCUGUGUUAUCUGGGGGAAGAGAACUGCCAAGUCAAGUUUUCCAAAUCAGCCGUACGGAGAAAGUGCGCAGCAUGUAAAAUUGUGGUUCACGUCGCUUGUAUGGAUCAGCUAGAGAAGAUUAAUUUUAGGUGUAAACCAACAUUUCGUGAUGUGACCUCUCGAGCUCCAAGAGAGAAUUUUGUGAGGCAUCACUGGGUACAUCGACGACGGCAAGAAGGAAAAUGCAAGCAUUGCGGGAAGGGUUUUCAGCAGAAGUUCUCAUUCCACAGUAAGGAAAUUGUUGCUAUCAGCUGCUCAUGGUGCAAGCAGGCGUUUCACAACAAGGUCACCUGCUUCCUGUUACAUCACAUUGAGGAGCCCUGCUCCCUCGGAGCCCAUGCUGCUGUCAUAGUCCCUCCAAGCUGGAUCAUUAAGGUGAAGAAACCUCAGGUUAAUGUAAAAAACUCCAGUCGGCGGAAGAAGAGAACAUCGUUCAAGAGGAAAGCCAGCAAAAAAGGCUUUGAGGAUAUCAAAGGCCGGGCCUUUGUGAUAAAACCCAUAUCUUCCCCCCUCAUGAAACCUUUGCUGGUCUUUGUGAAUCCAAAAAGUGGUGGAAACCAGGGUACAAAAGUGCUGCAGAUGUUCAUGUGGUUCCUGAAUCCACGGCAGGUCUUUGAUCUUUCUCAGGAAGGACCACGGGAAGCACUGGAGUUGUAUAGAAAAGUGCCAAAUCUACGAAUUCUUGCCUGUGGUGGCGAUGGGACGGUAGGCUGGAUCCUUUCUGUCUUGGAUGAGCUGCAGCUCAACCCUCAGCCUCCUGUAGCUGUUCUUCCGCUUGGUACUGGGAAUGACCUCGCUCGUACUCUUAAUUGGGGAGGGGGUUACACAGAUGAACCAGUCUCCAAGAUCCUCUGCCAUGUAGAAGAUGGUACCAUUGUGCAGUUGGACCGAUGGAAUCUACAUGUGGAGAAGAAUCCUGAUCUACUCCAUGAGGAGCUGGAUGAUGGGACACAUAAGCUUCCACUAAACGUAUUCAAUAAUUACUUCAGCCUGGGAUUUGAUGCACACGUGACCUUGGAGUUUCAUGAGUCUAGAGAAGCAAAUCCAGAGAAAUUCAACAGUCGCUUUCGCAACAAGAUGUUCUAUGCAGGGGCUGCCUUCUCCGACUUUUUACAGAGGAGCUCUAGAGAUUUAUCCAAACAUGUGAAAGUUGUGUGUGAUGGAACGGACCUCACCCCCAAGAUCCAAGAACUGAAGUUUCAGUGUAUUGUCUUCUUAAAUAUCCCAAGGUACUGUGCUGGCACAAUGCCCUGGGGAAACCCUGGUGACCAUAGAGACUUUGAACCUCAGCGGCAUGACGAUGGUUAUAUCGAGGUCAUUGGCUUUACUAUGGCGUCUCUGGCUGCCCUGCAGGUAGGUGGCCACGGAGAGAGGCUUCACCAGUGCAGGGAAGUGACUCUAUUGACGUACAAGGCCAUCCCCAUGCAGGUAGAUGGUGAACCCUGCCGCCUUGCCCCUUCCCUCAUUCGUAUAUCCUUAAGGAACCAAGCAAAUAUGGUACAGAAGAGCAAGAGGAGAACAUCAAUGCCCUUACUUAAUGAUGUCCAUAAAGUGCCCACCGCUGACCACCGACGCGUCUCUGCUCCCCCAGACUCCUUCACUGUCCCACAUUCAGUGCCCGACCGGCUACGUAUCCGAGUCAACCGAAUCCGCCUACAGGUGUACGAGGGGCUGCAUUUCGACAAGGACAAACUGCGGGAAGCCUCCAUUCCUCUAGGGAUAAUUGUGGUACGAGGAGACUGUGACUUGGAGACCUGCCGGAUGUAUAUUGACCGCCUUCAAGAGGAUCUUCAUUCUGUAGCUGCUCAUAGAGAUCACUGCCAAGAUAAUGAGAGCUCUUUACCAAGGUUGCUGUCUGCCCAGCGUCUCAAUCCUCGAUGGUGCUUCCUAGAUGCUACCUCUGCUGACCGGUUUUAUCGUAUAGAUAGAUCUCAGGAACAUCUACAUUUCGUCACUGAGAUUUCCCAGGAUGAGAUCUUCAUAUUAGACCCUGAGGCAGCUGGGAGUCCACAGGGUAGUGCCGGGACAGGGAUGCCAGAUCUUGUGGUCGAACAGCCCUCGGGGUUGUCUGAGUGGUGGACGCCAACAUGUCGGAAACGUAUUGUCAGUGACAGCUGCGUGCCAGGGAAGUUGUCUCUACAGAACAUGCUCUCAGACAAGACCCAGGAUUCCUCUCCUUCUAGUGCCCUCCCAUCCCCAGUAUCAGCAGAAGAACAAGCUCUGGUACAUGCAGUGCUUGAUGGUGAUCUUGAAAAGGUCACUGAGUGCCGCGAGAAAGGAGCCAGUUUACGGAUCCAGGGGCCCGAGCGCUGUUCUUUGUUACACCUGGCAGCAAGGGCCGGGCACUCGGAGAUCGUCUCGUACAUCCUAGAGAACGGACCUGAGGAUCUUUUGGACAUGGUAGACAGAACCACAGGUGAGACAGCGUUGCACAAAGCUGCUUUCCAGGGACACAGGCUAGUUUGCCGAAUUCUUGUGGAUGCUGGUGCCUGUUUGUUGAAAAGGAAUUCCAAGGGACAAACCGCUCUAGAGAUAGCCCAAGAAGCAGAAGACUCAGAACUUGCAUCUUACUUGGAAACUUGUCAAGCAAAGCAGCUUCUUUCCAAUGAAGACCUGGAGACCGCAGUUUGAUAAGGACAGCAAAUGGCAGAAAUCAGUUUGGAAAGAGAAGAGACACACGUAGCUAAAAGGUUCCUGGAAAAGGUCACCCCAACCCAGGAGGAGGAAACUGGUCGGAAGAGGCACCCCCUUCCUCAUGCAAGAUUUCCAGUGUAGGGUGCACUUUCCAGUUUCGUAAGGGCUAACGAGACUUGCCACGGAACUGCAACUCACUUGACAUGUUAAGCAAUGACGAAAGCCAGGAAAAGGAAGGCAGAGGUGGGGCAGAGCCCUCGCCACAUGUGGAACUCUCUCUCUUUCUGUGUGUAUUCCAACAAGACGCAUGAUCCCGUCCGUUGUCUUAUCUUCUCACUUUGGUCUGAUCUCUCCCAUCCCGGCAGACAGAAGGACUUAGAGCCGGCACAGUGUUAUCAAACUCACAGCUCUUUUUUUCAUUUUCAUAUUAUUUUUUUUUUUGUAUUAGCAGGAAGGAGCCAACUCAUUAAAAAAGAGACUGGAAUCUAUUACGAAUGAGUGUGGUUACCAUCGGGGCAGAAGCAUAGCAAUCAUAAUUUAUUCAUGCUGCGGAAAGUCAACCUAUUAAUAUAUUAUUAUUUUUUUUAUGAGAAGACCACAUGACCUAAAAUACAGUAUAAUACCACACGAAAAGACAUCCUGUCGCAUUCACAAAUAUAUAGAUAUAUAUGUAUCAGCGCUCAUAUACCAUGACAUAACCUGUGACGUUUAAUUUGUAACAUUAUUACAUAGAUCGUUGCAAACUACUGUUCUCUGUCAAACAUUUUAGGUUAAUAAAGUCCAAAUGAAGUGUC